UUCCGCCCUUUCCUCCCACUUGCUCGCCGAACCCAGAGCCCCGCCCACCUCUUUUCGGUUUUUUCUCGCCGGCGUUUGUGCCAGGAUCGGGCUUUGGGCUCCGUGCAUCGACGCGCCGCCGCCUCCUGAUCGCAAAGGGUGUUUCCCCCAGGCUUUCGUGCUCCGGAAGUGGCGAGAUUCGCCGAGAAAGGUCAGAUCCGGUGGCCUGGUUCGAGCAACAGUGUGUUGGCGUAUCGAUCUGCAUUGGAUCGUCGGGCGAUUCGUGUGACGGAGACGACGUCCUCUGUGGUGGCUCCGGUUUGCUCCUCAGCUCUAGAUCUGGAAGGACUGGGUGAUCUGCUGCCUCAAGCAGCUUGAGGUGCAUUGGAAAGUGACCAUCUUUCCCAGACAUCGGCACAACGUAACUGGACAUGGAGGCUCUUGUGGUUUUCCCGGAGCAGCACAGCCACCACCAUCACCGCCACCCUGGUACCCGCAGCAAGUCAUCGGGUCCAUACUUUUCAUCACCGCCUAACUCUCGUGGCUUCCGUGGAAUGAACUGCCGGUCUUUCCACUCUGGUCGUUGCGUCGGUGCUAUUCCAUUCCCAGCACCUCCUGCUCGCACCUACUCAUCCCCAGAGCCCAAGACACCCAAGCAGCAACCACGCCAUGGUGGCAAGCGAAGCCGGCCAAUUUCCAUAAGCCUCUCCACAUCCCCUCCCUCCCAUUCUGAGCUCUGGGCAGGUCCAGCAUUCUCCAACUCUCCACCACCUAGUUCGCUUCCCAUCCCCAAAUUCUCGCUCCGCCAGAAGCGCAGCAUCUCUCUCGAGCUGCCACCGGUUGAACGCCCUGAUGAUGUGGUGGUCAGGCUGCAUUCUAAAUCAGCACCUUCAUCCCCAGUUGAGGGAUAUGGGUAUGACUUCUUCAAUGACGAUGCAAUCGCUAGUGCGAUAGCAACGGAGAAUCUGAGGAGGAUUCUCCAGCUGGAUAUCGCAGAUCAUUGAAUAAUGGGAGGAUGGAAGGGUGGUUCUUGUGUACAUAGGUUAUCUUUCACUGACAGCUUUCUACUUGCAUUGGUUGUGUAUAGGGUAAUGGUGAUAGAUACUUGGUGGUUGUAAGAUAUGGUCAGGAUCAUGGGAGAGGUGUAGGUUGUAGGUGAAGCAUCUUCAGAAGCUUAGACGGUUGAAGGUGAUAGUGCCCUGUUAGGUGUUAUUAAGGUGGGGUCUGGGUCGAGGAUGGGGUUGCACGGCAGUUGGUAGUAUUCACCUAUAUGCUUCCUUCAUCUCUUAGGUGUAGGAUUUAAACCUUUUUAAAAACAGCAUCAUUUGCAUCCACAGUACCUGUUCUGAGCUGGCGGUGGGCACUCUGACAUAGCAGUAACAUACGUCCUAACCCCAAACCAGAUGUCAAAUAUUUGUAGGGUACCAUGCAUCUUACAUACCCUUGCAUACUUAUUUCCUUCUGUCCUCUAGCCAACUGUCUCUAACUAUCCUCGCUUCCUGGUGCUCUGCAAAGAACACCAUUAUCUCCUCAGCAGCUCUUCUGUUUUUUUUGGUAAGGAAGAAGCUGCGUGGAAGAUGGAAGAAAUUCUGCUCUCUCCGUCUUGUUCGAAACUAACUUUCCUAUCCCGCCCCUUUGUUGCAUAUCUGGCAUAUACCAUAGUCCAUAUCCGUCGCAUAUCUCCAGGCUUUUAUGUUCAUCUAGCGCUCCUGCAUUGCAUCUAGUGCCCUUAGUCAGUUAGCAUGCUCAUUCGUUCCCACUUCAAGUUCACGAACCAGUUUGAGGGUUCUGAUUUUCUUAAAAGCGUCGAAAGAGAGUCUGGAUUCUGGAUCCCUUCGUGCAGGCAAACCCUGAUGAGGUUGCUCUGUAAUGACAUAACGCUUAAGCUAGCUCGUGCCGGUGUUACACGCUUCUGUAGCCCUGCGCAGUUUUAGCACUAGCAGUGAAGCAGCAGUACUGCUGGAUCUAGAUUAGUAGUCAUCGGAAAUGCCGAGGUUUGGUCAGUUAUCUUGUGCUCUGGUGUUAAAUCAGCAGUUGCAUUGUGUCGUUGUUACUUCAGUAACGUGAUAUAACGGUCCUAUGUCGUGAAACUAGCUCAUGGUGUUAGAACUAGAAACCAUGUUGCCCAGAGCUACUAUGUUGAUGUUGCACCUGCUGAGCCUGUCAUGGCUGUCACUCCUUGAGGAUUAUUUUGGUUAUUAGUUCGUCGGCGGAGUUGCGGAGUUUCGUCUCUGCGUUUGAUGAAAGUGUUAAUCCGAACUGUCAGGAUAAAUUUAAUAUUUUAAAAUAGAUAUGUAUAAAAUUUGAUGUUGAUCU